UUAGGAUACAUUUCUGAAUUAAAAUUAAUGGAUUCCCAUUUUUUAAGUUUUGGCCUAACCCUCACCGGCCGGAUAACCUAAACACGUACUUGCAUUGGUGCUGCCAAUGAAUACAAUCAUCCUCACACUAGACGUAGGGAAUGGUUAGCCAUCCAACAAACCCGUUAAUUAGUACAGAGCUUCAUUCAGGAUUUCAUCAAAACUUUUCUUGUUUACUUGUACCCAUGUUCCAUGUCUUCCUCCAAGAACGACUGCUCACGGCGGAAACAAAAACAAGGCAUCAGAGGAACCGUUUCCAUUUUUAGCAAAUCGUUCGUUCGUGUCUUCCUCUGCAUCAUUCGUUCACAGAAACUGCGGGAGGCCCCAAACAAUGAGCGAGCAUUGAGGAUCCAUGGACCAGCUCCGCCAGGUGGGCGAGGCCCUCGGCGGCAUCCACACGCUCAUGGCCUUCGCCGACGAUCUCCGCAUCAACCCGCGACAAUGCCGCCUCCUCGCCGACGCCUGCGCGAUGGCCUUCGCCGCCGUCGCCGCCGAGGUGCGCGCCCACCUCCGCUUCAACGAGCGCCUGUCCAAGUGGAAGCCCCUGGAGGCGCCGCUCCGGGAGCUCCACCGCGCCGUCCGCGACGCCGAGGGCUACGUCCGCCACUGCAUGGAGCCGCGGGGCAGCUGGUGGGGGCGCGCCGCCGCGGCCACGCACGGCGCCGACUGCGUCGAGCAGCACAUGCACAGCCUGCUGUGGAGCGUCGCCGUGGCGCUCGAGGCCGUCGAGCUCGUCUCGGAGGUCACGGGGUCCGACCCGGACGAGCUCGCCCGGCGGCGGCUGCUCUUCGCCAAGGACUACGACAGGGACAUGCUGGAGCCGGCGCUGUUCGUGCAGAGGCUCGGCGCGCGGUACCUGGCCACGCGCGAGCUCGCCGCCAGGAUGGACGCGGCGUGGAAGGAGGACCGGUGGCUCCUGUCGCAGUACCUCGAGGAGCGGAUGAGCCCGGGCUCGCCGGAGCCGGUGCCGCGGAGCAAGCACCGGCUGGCCGACCUCCUGACCGCGCCGCGCGGGCAGGUGCACCCGGCGUCCGUGCUCCUGCAGGGCGACUUCCACGUCCGCAAGCGCCUCAUGGGCAACCUCAAGGAGGUGCAGUGGAUGGGGGAGGCCUUCGCGGUGAAGCACCUCGUGGGCGCCGGCGCCGACGCCGACGCCGCGUGCGCCGAGGCCGCGCUGCUCACCUCCGUGGCGCACCCCAACGUGGCGCACUGCCGGUACUGCUUCCACGACGAGGACAAGAAGGAGUUCUUCCUGGUCAUGGACCAGGUCAUGACCAAGGACCUGGCCACCCACGUCAAGGAGGCGAACAGCGGCAAGCGACGGGUACCCUUCCCGCUCGUUGUCGUCGUCGACGUGAUGCUGCAGAUCGCGCGCGGCAUGGAGUACCUGCACUCGAGGAACAUCUACCACGGCGAUCUGACCCCGUCCAACGUGCUCGUCAGGACGCGGCAUGCCGACGCGCACCUGCACGUCAAGGUGGCCGGGUUCGGGCAGCACGCGGCGGCGGCGGCCGCGGCCGCGGCCGGCCACUGCCACAGGCCCAGCCCUAGGGCGUCAGCGAAAGCAUCAAACGCCACCAGCGCCCCUUGCAUCUGGUACGCGCCGGAGGUGCUGGAGCAGCAGGAGGCGGCCAAGCGCACGGAGAAGGCGGACGUGUACAGCUUCGGGAUGGUCUGCUUCGAGCUGCUGACGGGGAAGGUCCCGUUCGAGGACAACCACCUGCAGGGGGAGCACAUGAGCAAGAACAUCCGCGCCGGCGAGCGGCCGCUGUUCCCGUUCCAGGCGCCCAAGUACCUGACCAGCCUGACCAGGCGGUGCUGGCACGGGGACCCGGCGCAGCGGCCGUCGUUCGCGUCCGUCUGCCGCGUCCUCCGCUACGUGAAGCGGUUCGUGGUCAUGAACGUGAACCCCGCCCCCGCGGAGCAGCCAGACGCGGCGGUGCCGCCGCCCGUGCCGGCGGUGGACUACCUCGACAUCGAGGCGAGCCUGCAGAGGAGGUUCCCGGCGUGGCAGCCCGGGUCUGGGAACGCGGCGCCGCGGGUCUCCGACGUGCCGUUCCAGAUGUUCGCGUACAGGGUGGCGGAGAAGGAGAGGAGCCGGGCGGCCAUCCUGCACAUCGGCGGCGGCAAGGGCGCCUCCGACUCCAGCAGCGACGGAAACUCGCUGUGCGGGGACGAGAGCGGCGGCACGGCGCUGUCUGAAGCCGAGGCUCUGACCGUGUCGAGCCGCGGCGCCACCACCACGCGGUCGCUGCCGGACCGCGCUGGCAACAGGAAGGUGGAUGGCAGCAGGGUCGCCUCCAGGCUAGCAGGUGCAGGUGCAGGGCCGCCGCACAAGUCGAUGGAAAAGUCCAAAUCCACGGGCGUGGUGAGUCCGCCGCAGACCAUUAGGCGGACGCAGAGGAUCAAGUCGGACGGCUACCUGAAAUCUGCCGCGGUCGCGUCACCACGGCGGCGCGGUUCCGGCGAUGGACACGCUUCAGACUCCGAAGUAGCCUGAGAAUGCAGGAAUCUUUUUUUGGCUCCCGGCGGUGGGUGCAGUGCAGGAAUUUUCGCUGUUGUAUUCUGAUAAACAUUUUUGUGCAUUAGACCAUUACAAACGAAUGAAAUGAUUAUGUGAA